AUUCCCCAAUGUUGACAGGAAGCCAUUUUAAGCUCAGGUUUAGAUUGUUUUCGUUGAUAAAAUGUAAUAAAUUCUGUCUUCUGACGAAUCUAAGGAAGCAAGUUUAAGAUGCCUGUCAAUCCAGUUCAACACAGAAUGAAAAGAAUUUUUCGGAAAAUCAGUAUUUGUUUUGUUUUCCUGUCCAGAAUCAACAAUGGACCAAUCAGACCAUACCAAACACGUCAUGGGAAUAAUCACCAUAGCAACAAUGGACAUGAUGGACACAACAAGCCUACAAGUAAUUUUAGAGUGGCCAGUCUCUGCUUCAUGUUCCUCAGACGCUUACAUGCAUUUGAAGACCAUUUCCAUGCUUGUAACACACAAAACCACAGACCUCUGAUGAAAAAGCCAAAACGAAACUUAAGUGCCAGUGGAAAGUGCCCAUGUUGUAAUCUGAAGACUGAUUCCGAGAACGGAGAAGAGCAGACUAAAACCAUACUUACCCAUUUCUUGAGGGAUAUCGUUCCAAAAUUUUCACGAAUUUGUAUUGGUCAGAAUCCACAAAGCUCAUCACAGAUUUGGACACCAGACAAAAAACCACAAAAAUGGCCAACAAGUCUUGUCUGGAAAGAUCCUAACAACACUCCAAAAGACACUUUAGAAGUCUUGCAGAAAAAGAUGGACAUUUUAAUGCAGUUAUGUGAUAUUAAAAAAAUUCCACCAGAAUAUUACCCUGAACUUCAGGCAUACAAGGAAUAUUGUCAUGAACUGUCAAACAAGAAGGAAUCGGCAGACAUUUCCAAACUACAAAUCUUACGGCAGCAGCGUAAGAAGUCACAUGACCUCGCCCAAGCUUGUCGGAAAUUUUCGGAAUUCGUUCAGCAUCAUGGUUUACCAGAUAAGUCCCCUUUAUUACAGAAAGAAAUACAACGCCUGAGUCAAGUUUUACUCGAAGCUAACUCGAACAACAAGUUAGCGUCCCAGUUUGAUGAGGUUUAUUGUGCUAUUGCUAAUGCAGAGGGAACAGAAAAGCCCCCUGAAGAGUUUAUGGCACAAUUUGCUUCAUCUUCGCAGACUUACACUGCAGGAGAUAUCUUUAUGGCAACUUCAACAGGAAGUUUCCGUCGUGACAACUCCUACAGUUACUUAACCAAUAGUCAGGGAUCAGAAUUCCAGGAUAUCUUUUAUGCCAGAAGGCCUUGUGAGAAGAGAGUGUUUGCAGAUACUACCCAGAAUUCCAAUUUUGUGUACAACCCAUUGGGGGGUAAGAGACUUAAAGCUUGCUCUCAAAGUAUCUUAGAGAAUGGUUUCGCAGGAAGUGGAUUUUUUUGACAAAGGGAUUUUAUGCUUGUGUUUUCUUGAGAAAAAAUUCCAUCUGCAAAUUUAUUGUUCGAUUUUUUAUAUAUAAUGUAUUUAUAGAUUGUAUUUAUUGUUGAAAAACAGGUUUUUAAACCAGGGUAAUUUAUUUCAAAUUAGGAUAAUUCGUUGAAGUUGCACAUGUGUGUGCUAAUAUGAAAUAAAGGCUUAAAAGAAUAAGUUUCACCUUUUUUUGAGGAGUUUUUAAAAAAAUACAGAAAAAUAAAAUUGUGCAACCUUCACAAUAACCCAUAAGGUUAAUAGACCAGGCGUUUCAAAAUUUCAAUUAUCUGAUGAAAAGUUUUUCAGCAUUUUGACGAAAGAUGUUAAUUAAUAAGAAUGUUUGUAUUAAGUUUUUUUUUUUUAAAGUUUUUACAGUUUUUGAUAGAAAUAAUUUAUAUGAUACUUGAAAGGAUAAGCAUUUGGCUUUUGUAUUUAAAGCCUUCAAGGACCUAUCAACUAUAAAGCAUUAAUCGGCUUUUGUAUAAAACUGUGCAUAUUUUACACAAAAUGAAAGCAUAUAAAUUUUAGUUAUAUAUCAUGAAUGCAACUCACAAAUUCAUCAUGUUUAUCAUGUUUAUGAAACUGCUUAAUUUAGGAAGAUUUUCUGCAGAAAUUUUUGAAAAAAAAAAACAGAAAUUUUAUUUAAAAGUUUUCAAUUCGAGAAAAUUUAAUUUAGAGAUAUUCUCUGCUAAAUUCUAGUAUGACAACAUUUUCAUAUAUUAUGUAUUUUUUUGCAAUUGAUAAUGUCUGGUACAGAAAAAUAAUUGAAAAUUAAAGGUACAUCUGUUUGCUUUUUUAUUUUCCCUUUUACUUUACCAAAUAUAGGAAAACAAGUUAACAUACCGGUACUUAAUAUAAAAUGUUCAUGGUUUUGAUUACUAAAUUAUAAUUGAUAAUUUCUGGAAUAGGUUGACAGUUUUAUUACAAUAUUAGGUAGUUUUGCAUUAGGAAAAGUCUAAAGGCAUAUCUUUUAGAGAAUACAAAUGCAUAUACAACUGUAUGCCACGUAAUAAAUAUUAUUGCAUAAUUGUUUCUUUUAUAACUUUACAAAAGUACUUAAAAUGGUAUUUUUAACAUAUCAGUGUUAAAUUGUUAAACAUUAUAAUUUACGUGUAUUCAAUUUUGUUCAGAUUGCUGAAUGAUCAUGAUGAAAAUCAAAUUUUAAGAGAAGGUUUGUUUCAAAAAUAAGUCAUUCUUGAUGUAAGAGUUACUCUUUAAAAAGCUUUCUCUUUAUUAUUUCAAUGAGAAGAAAAAACACAAAUCUAUGCCCUAUCAUUGAAUGAAAAUGGUGUGUUGUUGGAUUGCUGUCUCAUUGAUGUACAUACUCUAGAUCUCUUUUUGUUCAUAGUAAAACAAAAAAAUGAAGUUGAAAUUCUCUUAAAAUACAUUUAAACAGAAUUUUCCUAACAUCUUAAAUAUAUUCAUACAAACCAGUGAACAAUUUCCUUCAAAUUUUUCUUUGAAAAUAAAAAUAGGCAUGUUGUAUGUUUUUUUUACUCAAUGCAAAGUUUGAAUCCAAUUAUUUGUAACGGGAGAACACAACAAAGUAGAAUCAAAAUUAGUUGUUUUAUUGGUGCGACACUUAUCUGACAGUUGAAAUAUUUUUAAUUUAUUAUACUUAUGUAUAAAACAUCUGUGUUUCGUAUUUGUGUAUGCUUAUUGGGGCAUAAGUUAUGACAACAGGUCAUGUGACUGACAUGACUGAUUACAAACACUGUUGCCUUACAAUUUACUACAAAUAAUUAUUGAAUUUAUACAUGACUAAUGAAUGCUGAUAUUUGUCAGGGCUAUUCCAUUAAUAUAGACUAGGAAGGUACGUCCAAAAUCCGCACACAACAAACAUACUUUUGUCGUGUAAUUUUGCAUGAACAUCAAAGGGACAUACUGUGGAUUCAUUUAUUUUUUCGUGGAAUGAUGAAAAAAGUAGUUUCAUGGAUAUUUGAUUUUGUGGUUUUGUCAAAAUCUGAAGCCUAUACAUGCUAUAGUAAGUUUGUAUUUUGUUGAACAUUUAAAUUCUUAGUUUACCUGUGCCCAGGAAAUUCAUGGAAAUUGGUAUCCCAAGAAUAAUAAUGGUAAAUGACCCAUGUACCCAUGUCCAAAUUUAAAACUACCCUUCAUUACCUUCCACAACUAUUUUAAUGGAAUAGCCUUCAGUAGGGUUGAGAGUAACAUAUGGGGUUUAACAGUAUCAUAGUUUUACAAUGUUACACCACAGUAGGAUUGUUGCCUUCUUAUGUAAGGCGUGUUUUGUACUUGAUCCAUAUAGAAAACAAAUUCUGAUUUUGCCAGUAGUAUUUUUUAUGACCUAAGCUGUAGUGUAAUAUAUUAAAUAACAUUAGAACUCCUCCAAUAAGGUCAAGGCUAGUGGAUUGUACAGUGAAACAUUUCUUAGUAAACCUUAAGGAAACUGAAGUUUCUGUCUAAAGUGAACUUUUGCAUUACAACAUGCAGUGAAAAUUUCAUAUUUAAAAGUGUACUUCUUAAAUGAACAUUAAAAGGGAUUGCUUAAGAUGAGUUUCACUGUAAUGAAUAUUUAUCUCUACUUUGUACAUAAAAUACACUGAUAUAUUGCUUAACUAAUGGACUGUUACACCCCUUAAUACAUAACAAAUUUAGAUAGGUUAGGACUGUUCUGUUUUAUCCUAUUAUGAUAGGAAAACUGUUUGACUUGAAGCUAUAGAUGUUUCUGUUAACAUUCUCAAAUUUACCAAGGCAAUAUUUCAUUAAGUGUAAGGCUAACAAUUUCUUUUUUCGAAUUUAUCUCAAUGGACAAGUAUAAAUUCAAACACAACCUUUUCUAAAGAGUAUUGUCAUUAUUUGUCAACUGUGUUGCUCAACCUGCUCAAGCUGUAAUUUUCCUAAAAAUUAGGGUAAAAUUGAACAGUCUGAUAUUUUUUUCUCUACUUUGUACAUAAAAUUCACAGAUAGUACAUAGUAAAACACACAUUUUUACACUUUUUUACAUUUGCUGUAUAUAAUGAAUCAUGUAUUGUGUGAACCACCACAAUAUUGAUGUUGUUGUAAAUCCCCAAGGGUGGACAGGGUGAUAAGACAAUGCUGGGUGAUAUUACAAUUAUUUGACUUCUCAUUGUGUACUGCAUUAUCUCCCUUGAUCAACCCAAUUAUUCUAAUUUCAUUUUUCCCAUACUUACAGUAGUUAUUUUAUUUUAUUUUUUAUUAUUCUAAGAAAAUAAAACCAUACAAUUUAUUCUAAAAAAAGGUUUUCUUUGUGAAGUUUGAGGCUGAAUAAGAAACUAUGUGUGUUAAGGGUCUUCCAACAAAGUUGAAAAUUGAACUGAGAUCCAAAACAAUUAUGGCAAUUUCUUUACACUGCUACAUGUAUAUUAUUCUACCAAAUAUAUAUAUGCUACAUGAAAUUGUAUUUUGAUAAUCUAUUUUCUCUUAGGUAUGGAAGACACUACCAUCUUGUAUUUUCUUUUCCUGUUUGAUUGAUGAUUUAUUGGUGUUUGCUUACACCACUUCAGUGCCUGUUUUGAUUAAAGACAGAUAACAUAUAAAUACAUAUAUAUGUUUAAGAUUUUUUGUGAACCCUGUCUCACCAUUUUUAUUUGUUGCUCAAAUUCUUAAACAUUCUACAAAACAUGACAGUGCUACGUUUGCAGUGCUACGUGUGCAGUGCUACAAAUAAGUUUUGCAUAAUAAUGUGGUGCAAUUUGAAUUAAGGAUGUUCAAUCCUCUUGUUUUUUAAUUUUUGCCAGAUAUUCGGAAUCCUCUGGUUUUUAUCGAUGUAGUGCCAUUAAAAAAAAUUCCCCACUAACCCCUUAUUUUCUUUUCAUAAUAUAUUUACACAUAGUUUAAAAAGCCAUAUUUGGAGAUGCUAUAAAAUACUUGUUUUUUUUUCAUAAUUUUUAAAAGGAAAAGGGUGCCAAUGCUAAAUGUAUGAAAAGUCUAGAGAGGAUUAUUUCCAGCCAAAUUUUCAAAGGCGUAUAUCUCGAAAAAUAAGCACACAGACCCUUAUUUUUUUUUCUGCUUUUUUAGUUCCUUUAUUUAUAUACUAUCAAUUUACAACAGUCUUUUAAAAAGCUUGUUAUUUUGAAACAGAGUAGCGAACAUCCAUAAGCAAUCUUUUAGUGAAAUAUUAGCUACUAAUUCUGGUAUUAGAGCUAGAAUCAUUUGACACCUUCUUUGUAUGGCUUUCAAAUAUUAUAAAGUAAUGUAUAUUUCUAAAAAAUGUUCUCAGCAUAUUUUUGAACUUCCAUUUCGAAGUCUUAAUUUCAAAGGAUUCGUAAACUCAUAGAUAUGCAAGUGCAAAUUGUAUAACUCAAUUUAACAAUAAAGUAAGUUAACUCAUGUUAACUUAAUUGAAACUGAUUUUGUAAAGUGUACAGGACAUGAAAUGAAAAUGGAAAACAAAACAACAUAAACAAAUUUAAAUUUAAUUGAUAAGUAAACUUAACAAAUGCAAAUCGUGUUUUAUGCAAAUUUCAUCCAGAGUACUUUUAAUCUUACAUGGUGUAAUCCUAGGAAGAUUAAAUUUUGUAUUAAGUUCACACUGCUGAAGUGUUUAAAAUGUGAGUUUCAAAACACAGUGCAGGCUCACUGCAGAAUUAUCAUGCAACAGAUAUAAUCAGAUAUUGGAAUUGCUGAAUAGCUAAAAUAUUAUGCAUAAUUGUAUGACCAUAUCUACUUACUGAAACUCUGUUGUAUUGUAAUGUAUUUGUUCAGAACUGGAAUUUUUUAAUUUUUUAAAUGACCUGUUUGAAAUACAGAUCCCUUGGUCACGCUAUGCUUACAAGGCUCUAAUUACAAUGCUUGUUUCUACUUUUGUUUUUAAGACCUUUCGGGAUCCUGUGGUUUAGUAAUUAUGUUACUGUCUUGGAGACAAAAAUUUCAUUGACUAAUGCCGUAGUAAUUCAUACAGAAAGUGAACUGUGUUGUCAGGUCUUUGUAAACAAAUUGUGGACACAGGAUCUAUAAUUCAAUCAGAUUAGACCCCCAAAAAAAUGUUUACGCAUGAAACUAAAAGUAUAAUAUCAAGCAUCCUAAGAAAACCAGAACUUAUUCUACUGCAUUCCAUUUGUAAUGACUUCUGUGUCAGUUGGAACAAAUUCCUACCAUUUUGAGUAUUUUGUAACAAGAGAUUUGAUUGGUUGAUUCACAUGUUUGUAAUGCUUCCUUUGUACCUUUGAAAAAUAUUUUUUGCCUUUCAGAAAAUUAUAAUUCAUGAUUGAUAUUAACAUCAAAACAUACAUUAUUGUUCCAAUUGACUGACAAUGAUUCAGUAAAACCACAAAUGAAGUCAACUUAUGAUUCUAUUUAUGUUUAUUUGAUAAUUCUAGUGGAAAUGAUUUAAAAUUUGUAAAUGGUCCAGUCCAUUGAAAAUAAUUAAUUCACAGGUGACUAAUUUACAGUAUAUACAUGUAGAAGCAAUCUUGUUUUGUCUUGUGUUUUUAAUUGAUUUGGUUGUAUUACCAUUAUUUAUUUUAAUUUAUUUAAUGUUAUUUUUUUUUGUCAAGAAAGAAAUAAUUGUAUUGAUAAAUCAUUGCUAUUAAAAUAAUGAGAAUUCA